AUGGAAAUCUCCGUCGCACUGCCCAAUCGGGACGCACCCCAAUAUCAAGCUCCAAGGAAUCAUCAAAAACAGGCUAUAUUAACGCCUACAGUCCCUAGGAAUAUCGCUAAAUCCAAGGCAGCACCCCCGAAGCAAGGACCUAAGAAUUGGGCAUCAACCGCGGGCAAUGCCCAGCAAGCUAACGCUAGAGAAUGGAAGACAGUGCAAUAUAACAAACAACGUGGAAUCAACAAGGCAAGUGGUAAGCCGGAGCAACCGCUGAUGAAGCCUGUAAGCACCUGGAGCAAGGAGGAACGACGCCUUAUCUUUAGGCGGUAUGAGCCUACAGAUACGGUGAGGCGAGACACCCGGGAUAUCCUUUUGUGGCUCAAUCGAGCGCUAGAUAGCGCAGGACUACCUAUCUUUAUGAGGGCGGUUAAUGCGGGAUAUGCGGCAUCAGGGCAUCUUACAGUCCUUAUGAAGGAGGGCACGCCUAGCAAAGUGCUAGUGCCAGCCUAUAACGAUAUGCUCCUCACUGCUAUAAGGCGUGCGGACCCGGCUGUCAUCUCGGUGGAGAUUAGUGAGCCGUGGCGACGUGUUAAGGUGCACAGAGUCCCUAUACGGCGCUAUAUAAAUAGCAGCAAUGGCCUAGAGCUCGCCCGUGAAGAGAUGGAGAUAGGAACACCAUUUAGGCUUAAACGAGAUCCCACCUGGCUUAAGAGGCCUAGGGCUCUACGGGCUAGGAGACAGGGUUUUGCAACAGUAGUGGUAACCAUAGGCUUCUAA